UAAGUUAUUUUAUUUGGUGCAGAAUUUUUAUGAGAGAGAAAGGAAAUUGCUGUAGCAAAUCAUGGCAACAAAUAAUACUCAAAUUCGGCCUCAAAUUCCAAUCUUCAAUGGUAAGAAUUAUGAGUUUUGGGCAAUUAAAAUGAAGACUUUGUUUUGCUCACAAGAUAUUUGGGAUUUGGUGGAGAAAAGUUUUGCAGAACCACAGGAUGAUGCAGCUUAUCAGAGAUUACAACAAACAGAAAAAGAUCAGCUUAAAGAUAAUAGAAAAAAGGAUGUAAAAGCCCUAUUUUUAAUUCAGCAAGCAAUGGAUGAGUCAAUCUUUCCUAAGGUUUCGGCAGCAACAAGAUCCAAGAAAGCAUGGGAGACUCUAGAGACAGCCUAUCAAGGGUUCAUCGGGAAGAGGAAGAGGAAGAUCAAAUCUAGAGGAAGAGGAAGAGGCAAAUGUGGACGGAUGAAUACAGAUCAAGGAAAAAGGACCAAUCAGUCCAAUCGUAGUUUCAAUAAUAGAGGACGAGGUAGAAACCAAUUUCAAGAACAAUCAUCGAGGUUUGAUAAAUCCAAUAUUCAAUGUUAUUAUUGUAAGAAAUAUGAUCGUUUUGCAUAUGAAUGUAGAAAGAAACAAGUAGAAUUUGAGAAACUUGGAGCAAAUUAUUCAGAUGUAUCUAAUAAUAAUUCAGGUAGUUUAUUUGUAGCAUGCAAUAUGGCACAAGAAAGCUCUAAGGAUGUAUGGUUUUAAGAUAGUGGUUGUAGUAACCACAUGACUGGUAAUGGAGAACUAUUUUCUAAUUUGGAUGAUUCUAUGAAAUCUGAAAUAAAAUUGGGAAAUGAUACUGUAGUAUCUGUAAUGGGGAAAGGUGUAAUAAAUUUUUUGACUAAAAAUGGAGAAAAAAGGUUUAUUCCUGAUGUUUAUUAUGUGUCUGGAUUAAAACACAAUCUAAUGAGUGUUGGUCAAUUAAUUGAAAAAGGAUAUAGAGUUCUCUUUAAGAAUGACGUUUGCACAAUCUUUGAUAGAAAUCUUAGUGACGGGUUGAUUGCCAAGGUCCAAAUGACCAAGAACAGGAUGUUUCCCCUUCAGAUGUAUGGAAUAGAGGAGUCUAAU